AUACACGAAUCGCCAUUUCAUUCGAAAUCAGAGAUCGAUUUAUUUGAAGUCCAGCAUUGAUACUUCUCCUCCCUUCAAGAAUGUCUACUGAACCGUCUACCGCUGAUCAUCUCAAUGAGAUGAUCGGAAAAGUACGAGCAGAAAAAGCAAAGGUGGACAUGCAAAGGAGGCACACUGAAAUCUAUAGCCGUAAUGAGAAAGCACAAAGGCUGGUAAAACGAUUGCAGGAUUGCGACAGCAAUAUCGUUUCACUACUAUCACAAGCAGCCGAUUGCUUGCAAAGUCUCAUCAGUACAGCCGCCGAUCAAUCAUCAUCGUCGGGUCGUGGUAGGAUCAGAGAAGUUGAUGAUCAUGAAGAAAGGUUGGCAACGUUUGAGGCUAGAGCACAAGAAUGGUAUGCAACCUUGCAUGAUGUGCAAAUCGGUCUUCGUUCAGCAGCAAGAAAUUUGCGUAAAGUACAACAGCCACCUCUUUCCAUGCAAGCUUCUAUGCAGCAGUCUUCCAGCUCCAGUGGAAGUAGCUCAAGUCAGACUAGGUUGGGGAGUGCUACAAAGGGACACUCUCUUGGAAUCGCUCUUUCGGAGGGAAAUACGCCGGUCAAUAUGAGCAGGGCUGGCAGUCAUGAAAGCUUGCAGACAGUCGUAGGGGAUGGCAGAGAACUAGAUGACCGAGGGCAGCAAAGCAACCGAGAAGUGUUAUCUUCUGAUAGACAACCGAGCAAACAUCUCGGCUCUGUCGGUGAUGAACGGAAACAAGGAUCCCGAAAAGAUCAAAGAAGUUUAUUGGGCCAUUUCGUCGAUGGAGAUUCAGGCUCGGGCAUCGUUCAAAUGCAAGAAGGUGAAUUUGAAGAUGAAAUCAAACUUUCCCUUUCUGCACUUCGACAACAAGAAAGAGGAUGGAAAGAUUUAGCCGAUGCACUUAAAGCGGUUGCAUCGGAACGUAAAAGUGACCGAAGUUCGAUGACGAAAGAAGUUCAAACAAAGUCACCUUCUACUACAACUAAAGAACAAGAGAUGCGUCAAAUUGAAGCGGAUAUGACUGAAUCUUUUGCAACUUCCGAUAAACGAUUGAUGGGUGCUUUGAUGCAUUUGUACAUGGAAGUUUUACCCGAGACUAGUAUCGCACCCGUUACUGCACGAAAGUUAGGGUAAUCCCAUUUGGCUUUCGAUCUAGUCAUAAUACCAGCACAAUUGAAAGCCUUUUUUUCAGCUCAAUGCCUUUUACUGCAGUUGAGAUUUAAUUCUAUAGAACGAUUU